CAGGCGACGGGAACGUGCGGCCCCUCGUGGACCGUUGCCUCCCCGCCGCGGCGGGUACGGCCGUCCGCGGACUCUCCCCUGCUCGCGACUUUUAAUCAAAGCGGCUCACUCGCCCAUCGCUCGUCACCAUCACAUCACAGCCUCGCAGCUCACGGCUGCCACUCCACUCCAGUCCUCGAGGACGAAACGAACUUCUCCAGGAUCCUAGAGAUCCCGGCUCGGAGGGACAAUCCCGCUUGGAGGAAUGCCCAUCUCGAUGCGCCUCGCGAUCCCGGCGCUCGUCGCGCCGCCGCGGCUUAGGGUGCGAGCGGCCGGGAAUGGGUGCGCUCCCGUCGCGCGCGUCGCCCUGCGGACGGACGCGCUCAGGGGAUGCGCCUCGCUGCCCCUGAAGCCGCAGCCGCUGGGCGCGGGCGAGGGCCAGCCGUGCCGGCGCCGGGAGGCCGCCACCGUGUGCCACUCGUCGGCGCACCUGAACGCGCAGACGAUGCAAUGGAUCUCCGCCGGGGCCAGCGCAGUGCUAUUGCUUGUUAAAGGCACGGCCAUACACAAAUCUUUCCUUGUGCCGUUUUUUGCUCUGCAAGCACCUUGCAGCAUAAUCUCAUGGAUCAAGAGUGACUAUGGCCAGUGGACUGCUUUUCUUGCUCUUUUGGUGCGCUUGUUCUUCUUCAUUCCAGGUGAACUGGAGCUUCCGUUGUCAACGAUGCUGCUUGUGAGUGUUGCUCCUUACCAGUUGAUGAAUCUGAGGGGAACUCAAGGUGGUGCAGUACUGUCUUUGGCAAUAGCCGGGUAUCUCGCUUUUCAGCACUUCACCAGGGUGGGAGGUUUAGGCAAAGUCUUUGAGCAGGGAUCAAUAAUUGCAACCUUGGCCAUCAUCUGCAUCACAGUUAUCCCACUGAUGUUGCUGUUCUGAUCUGGAUUAAGCUGGCAAUAGUUUGCGCCUCUUUGUGGACGCAGAGGGACGGUUAAUGUUAUGCAACAUUCUAUCAGACUUCCUAGCUCCUUUUCCCAAAUAAAAAUGAUGUGUGGUAUAGUGUACUAGUAUAUGCACUGAUAUAUCCUAAUGUAUGGUAUGGUUUCCCAAAAAAAUUUGAUACCGUAGUAGCAGCGAGUGUUCUUCAUUGGUUAGUGUUUUUUCUCCUUGUUGACUCUCUUGUUCACUUGUAUAUAAAAAUCUUGGCAUCUGCUGGUC